UCAGUUACCGCGUUUCAUUGAGUGCGUCAACAUUCAAAAUGAAUUCAUCUAUCUUCACAACCCUGCUGGGAACUACCCUUCUACUGCUGCUACUGCACAUCACGUCUAGGCUCACCAGCGCCGAAAUCGAUCCCGAACAAAGCUGCAUCCCCGGGACGAUCUCCUCGAUCAAGGUGAACCUCAUCCGGACGCUCAUCCUUUGCUACGUGUACGGCUGCCCCGAGGAGGUCACCCAGGAGCUCGCCGAUGAUUUCAACACCUUCCAGCACUACGACCGGAAUGGUACCAACACGGACGAAGACGCAGCGAAGAAGGUACCCAAGGGGGUGCUCUCGAAGCUGGCCAAACUUACGUCGGCCAUCGAGAAGGACCGAACUGCAGCGCUGACGGUGUGCACGGAUUGGGUCUCGCUGCUGAAUAAACUGAUACUGGAUCUUACCCAAGCCAAGAGCUCGUGCUUCCUGGAACCGGCGGCUAAAUACCCGGCCGAUAUGUCAUUGGAUGGAGCGGAAAUCGAUUGCGACGAGAUGACGGUCUACAUGAAGCAGCUGCAGAAAUACUACGGGGCGGAGUGCGAAUCCAAGGGCAAGGAUUGUUCGGAUAAGAUGAAACAGGCUGCGAAUUGGUUCGGCAGGGCCUACAAACAGCUGGGCAGAAACUGCUAUUAUGAUGCGUAUGAUUAUUUGGAUUAGACUUUCGAAUUUCUAAGUAUGUUAUAGAGCUUUUUUAUUUUUUGUGUAAUGAUAUUGAUACCAAGUGCUGAAAGCUUAUUAUUUGAAAUCUAAUGUGUUUAAAAUGUACAGUUUAUGACCAAUUUUGUUACAUCUGAUAUAACCGUCUUUUUUAAUUUGAAGUCAUCGCGGAUGUAUUUUAUUCCUUUUUUGUUUUAUGUGCUUUAGAAAAGAAAUAGCUUUUCUAUAACCAUUAUUAUA